AUCGACAAGGACCCCAUUCACGUUGGACCUGCCAUCAUCGACGGUUACGAGCCCAUCCACGUUGGACCAGCUAUCAUCGACAAGGAUCCCAUUCACGUUGGACCUGCCAUCAUCGACGGUUACGAGCCCAUCCACGUUGGACCCGCUAUCAUCGACAAAGAUCCCAUUCACGUUGGACCUGCCAUCAUUGACGGGUACGAACCAAUUCACGUUGGACCCGCUAUCAUUGACAAGGACCCAAUUCACGUUGGACCUGCCAUCAUUGACGGUUACGAGCCCAUCCACGUUGGACCUGCUAUCAUCGACAAUGACCCCAUUCACGUUGGACCUGCCAUCAUUGACGGUUACGAGCCCAUCCACGUUGGACCCGCUAUCAUCGACAAUGACCCCAUUCACGUUGGACCUGCCAUCAUUGAUGAUUAUGAGCCAAUUCACGUUGGGCCUGCUAUUGUAGACCCCGCCGUGCCAGUUGAACCUUCUAGCUCCAGUUCUCCCCUCGUUCAAAUCAUCUUGAACGUUCAGUCAACCAAAGCUUAAAU